AUGUAUGAAAAAAUCUUCAGUGGAGAUCACCUGAAAGAACAUCAAGGUAUAAGUACUGGUGACAAAAGUAUAAGUGAAAGUAUCCCAAGAAGACACAAGAAGAUACACACUGUUGAGAAACCUUAUAGAUGUACAGCAUGUGGUAGAGGAUUUGCACGUAAAGGUAACUUAAAAAGUCAUGAGAAGCCGUACAGUUGUGCAGAUUGUGGAAAAGGAUUUUUGAGUAAAAAUGGUCUAAACAUUCACGAGAAGGUACACACUUGGGAAAAACCAUACAGUUGUGCAGUUUGUGGCAAUGGAUUUUUGAGUAAAAAAGGUCUAAAAAUUCCUGAGAAGAUACAUACUGGUGAUAAACCAUACAGUUGUGUUGAGUGUGGAAAACAACUUCGAACUAAAAGUACACUUGAAAUACAUAAGAAGAUGCACAUUGGGGAGAAACCAUAUAGUUGUUUAGUGUGUGGUAAACAAUUUGUAAGUAAAAGUAACUUAAAUGCUCAUGAGAAGAUACAUACUGGCAAGAAGCCGUACAGUUGUGCACUAUGUGGUAAACAGUUUAUAAGUAAAAGUUAUGUAAAGCAACAUGAGCAGGUACAUACUGGUGAGAAAUCUUACAGUUGUGCACUAUGUGGUAAAGAAUUUGUAAGUAAACGUAAUUUAAAGGCUCAUGAGCAGAUACACACUGGGGAGAAACCAUACAGUUGUGUUGUAUGUGGAGUACAACUACGAACAAAAAGUAAACUUGACCUGCAUGAGAAGAUCCACACUGGGGUGAAACCAUAUAGGUGUUUA